AAAUACUUUUUUGCCCCACUGUAUAUAGGUGUCAUUAUUGAAGUAUGUAUAUUACUUCCCUAUUUAUAAAAAUGUCUGGAUAACGGUAUUACAGCAUCUGAAAUGUGUGCAGUAGUAUACUGUAAUUUAGGUGCAAUGUUUUGGGUCAAGCUUAAAGCUUCAGUGCGAUUGGUCAGUGAAGGACCAGGUGACUCGGUAGUCACGCGCUUUCCAACGAACCCGUCAGGAAGAAGAAAAACAAAACAAACGCAAGAGAAAGGCAGCGUGGACUCCAUUGAAAUUGCUUUGUUAUUGCUCAGAUAGGAAUAAACACGAAGCGGAACACGACACAAAACGUUCAUAUGGGGUUUCUAAAGACACCAGGCAUCAGACGAGAACUAGACUUCCAUGAGUUCACAGAGUUUUCCACAAUAAAGAAGACUCUUUUUGUUACUUAACUCAUAGAUUUUUCUACUGUCGGUUGACAUCAUCCGAAGACGACUGGGACACGAGGUGGAGGAAACAUUCACAAUAAGGAACAGAGAUCGGUGCUCGGCGAUGCCUCAGCCCGGCAUCAGUGGAAUGGAUCUUCCCUUUGGGGAUUUCUUUCAAAAUUAUACUUUUGCUGAUCAGGCGCUGACCAGCACGGACCUGUUGGCGAGUAACACAGACCCAGACUUCAUGUACGAACUGGACAGAGAAAUGACUGCUUGCCUAAGUCCUAGAGUUGAUCACUUCACGGUGGGGGACUGCAAGGAGAUGGAGUGUGGGGAGCACCUCAUGGAGCUGGUGGACAGCGAUCCGGCCUACAGCUCGAACUUUGAGCAGUGGGAUACGUACUGGGAGGACCUGACCAAGUACACCCGUUUCACCAGCUGUGACAUCUGGGGCACCAAGGAGGCAGGCCUGGAUGACUUCUCCAGCCCUUACCAAGACGAGGAGGUGAUUGCCCGGACCCCCACCUUGGCUCAGCUCAACAGCGAGGACUCGCAGCCCCCUGUGUGUGACACACUCUACCACCCUGAUCUGCUGAUAGGGGGCCAGAAGCAGCACACCUCCCUCCACCCACUCUCCCUGAGCAAGAAGACAGCCGCCCGCCCGGGCCCCUCCUCUUCCUGCUCCAACCUGGUCAAGAACCCCCUGGGCGACUUUGCCAAGGGUUCCCAGAAGGCUACCUGGCCUGUCCCCUCCAGCACAGAGACAAUGUCCAAGGCCCAGGGAACCAGCAAGAUGGCCACCCUGGGCUACCACUGCAAUGACUACGUGCGCAAGGCAAAGGUUCGCAUCAGCAUGCCCCACCGGCCCCUAGUCGACAUGCCCAUGGCCUCCCAUCAGGUUGAGGCUGAAAACCACUUCACAUACAGCAGCAAGCCCCCAGAGCUGGCCACCACAUCUGGCUGUGCUGCCCCCGUGGCUGCUCCUGCUACUGCAGCCUCCGCCUCUGCCUCCGCCAGCACCCUGGCCUAUGAGAAGACGGUAGAGCUGCCUCGCCGGGAGAUGCCACCCGCCUCAGUGGGCACGUCUGGCGCUGUGCCCCCUAUGCUCCACUACCCUGUAGCUGGGGCUGGGGCCAGCGAGACCCUGGUGACUGCCAGUGGGACUGACCCAGUCUCUGACAAGAAGAAGGAGGAGGAGCACAACUACUCCCUGUUCCUAACCCGAGCCAGGCUGGCCGGGAAAGCCCUCACUGAGGAGGAGGAGGAAGAGGUUGAAGAGGAGGAGGAGGAAGAGGAGGAGGUGGGGGAGGACGAAGAGGAUGCUGAGGGGGUGGAGCUGGAUGAAGAUCUUGAUGAAGAUCAUGAUGAGGGUUUUGGCAGCGAGCAUGAGCUCUCUGAGAAUGAUGAUGAGGAAGAUGAGGAUGAUGAUUAUGAGGGGGAUAAAGAUGAUGACAUGAGCGACGCCUUCUCCGAGCCAGGUAGCCAUAUAUCAGGAUGUGACAAUGACGCGGUGGAGGACGUGAAGGGGCUGACGGCAGGGAUCUCCAGGAAGAGGGGCAAACGCCGCUACUUCUGGGAGUACAGCGAGCAGCUCACCCCCUCCAAGCAGGAAUGCUUGCUCAAGCCCUCUGAGUGGGACAGGGAGACCCUGCCCAGCAACAUGUACCAGAGGAAUGGCCCACACCACGGGAAGUACACUCUGAAGAAGUCUCGACGGACAGAUGUGGAGGACUUGACCCCUAACCCUCGCAAGCUGCUGCAGAUCGGGAACGAGCUGCGUAAGCUCAACAAAGUGAUCAGUGAUCUGACCCCAGUCAGCGAGCUGCCCCUCACAGCCCGCCCACGCUCCCGCAAGGAGAAGAACAAACUGGCAUCCAGGGCCUGUCGACUGAAGAAGAAAGCUCAGUAUGAGGCCAACAAAGUCAAGCUGUGGGGUCUGGGCACAGAAUACGAUCGGCUUCUGUUUGUCAUCAACACCAUAAAGGAAGAAAUAGUGAACAGAGUGCAGGAUAUCUGCGACGACAAGGGAACUAGCAUGGCUGAAACUCUGGACAAACUCAUCCAAGAGACCCUUGUGAAGUCACCAGUUGCCGGGCAGACGUCUGACUUUGUUAACCAGAUCCUAGAGAACACUGGCAAGGGGGAUCCCACUGGAGGACUGGUCGGGCUGCGUGUACCCACGUCUAGAGUGUAGACGGACCAUGUAGAGGUCUGGUGAUGGCAUACUCAAAGCCAUCCGCGCCAUUCUUGUCCCACACUGUAACGGCUCACCCUCUGCAUGACCAUUCCAUCCAGGAAUCGCAUCACCAUGCCCUGUGGGAAGACAUACAUACCACGCUCCAAAUGUAUGUAUGUCUUCACACUGUGAGCAUGCGCUGAAAUGAAACUUAGUAUCUAUCUCUGCACUAGUAGUCUGUUACUCGCCAUUUGUACACAUGGCUAGUGCACGUGGCUAGUGUCUUUAGGGCCGCAGUGUUUGCGAAUUCAAAGCCAAUAUAUGAAAAAUACCUCCCGAAAUGUUUAUAUUGGAAGAAAAAAAGAUGAUCAGUUCUAGCUGUAGCCAUUUCCUGUAGCGUUCAAACGACCUGUUUCAUGCCUGCGUACCUGGGUGGGAAAGGCAACACAGGAUGCCGUUAUAAUUAGAGCGAGACGACGGGAUGGCACGAGAUAUUUGCUAUUGAAACGUAAAUAGUAACUUGUCAAUCCCAUGUCCUUGUCACCUUUACUGAACUGUGCUUCUCAGAUGAAAAAACAAAAACCAACUUAAAACAGCCACUGGGUAUUCCAUAGUGUCUACUGUUGUGGAGGUAUAGGGAACGCUUCAUACCCGUUGUCUGCUUUCCCAUUCUAGCACCGUGGCAUUCACAUAGGGGGAGAUGAUGUUACCCAAUACUCUCAACCUGCCAACCACAUUAUAAGGCAACAAAAACACACAAGCACCUGAAUUACUACUAACAUUAUGAAAGUCUACUUUGACAGAAUGCGCAAAAAAUUUGUAGAAGUUGGGGGGGGGGGGGGGGGGAUACACAGGAAUGCAGUGAAAUGUUGUUUUGCGAUUUGGCCUGAUUUUUCAAUUCCAUUAUCCUGUGUUUUUGCAGUUGAGAAGAUAUUGCAAAGAGACUUGAGCAGAAGGCCACUAUAUACCCAUCCGUUGCAUGGGGAAAAUGCUUAGUCAUCUGACUAUGAGCUAGAUGACGUGAUUAUAACAACCAUUUCCUCGAUCUAUAUACCCUUUGGUUGAAGCGUCUUCAAAUGAAAGCGCCAUUGGCUUCUUGCAAAGUAGGGAUGAGAGGGCUAAUAGUUUGAAGUUCCUUAGUUUGGUGUGUUCAUAUUUGUAUUUAAUAACAGUACUGUUCAUUGUGCCUUGUAUUUAAAGUGAGAUGAUUACACAAGUGGUUGAAGGAUAGUGGACCAUUUUACACUGAGGGAGAGCAGAACAUGGUGCAGGAAAGGUAAAGAGGUUUGUUAUGUAUUUCUGCUCUUUCAAGCUAUUCUGAAUGUACAUAUGAACAUGGACCAUGUAGAUAUAUGCCACAGAGUCUGUGCAUUGUAUUAUAAGAUGGCUCUGACAAAAAUGUACUUUGGUUAUCGGUACUUGGACUUUGGGGCAGGGGAUGGGAAUGGGAGGGUUAAAAAAGGAUAUUCGUAAAGAAUUUAAAAAAUAUUUGCACACUAUAUUUUGAUUGCUUUUUGUACCAAAGACACAUGCAACGAAAACGGCGACUAGCCAGAUAAAGUAAGGUUUUGCACAGCUUACCUGACACCGUAUUGAAUGUAGGAAAUGUGGUAGGGUCAGGGAUUUUCAUUGAACUGUGAAAUUGGCUUGGGUCCAAUUACGUACUGAAAGAAGCAUCCAUUAACAUUUUCUAAACGGCUCCUGUCAGUUGGCUUCUCAAGUAGAUUAGUGGCUUUAAAAACAUUUGAUAGAUUCCAGAAGUUACAUAUAAUAGUUCCACUUCUAUUGUGCUUUGGCACAAAGUAGAAAAGAGAGGGAGAACAUACAAUUUUUAUUUUGACUGUUUGUCAAAACAUCACAAAUAACCAAAAGGUAUAUCACUUCUAUAAUUUAUGUAGGUGAGACGAAUACACAUAUGUCAUAUUAAGUGUUGCGUAUUUAUAGUAAUGUCCAUUCAUGCAUACACAUAUGUCUAUCUAUUGUGAAUUGCCACUUUUUCAAAUUGAUACGUUAGUAAGCAUGACACAUUUCUAAGGCCUAUCCUCACAUUCAGAGAAACUUUGGAGAAAAAAAAAUGGAAUGAAAAAACAAAAACAUUUUUGUACUAUUUGCCUUUUUCUGUUGGUGCGCAUGUAUGUCAUUUGAGAGAUGUUCAGAGAAAUACAUUUCUGGAUGGUGACUCUGCAUGAGAUAGGGUGGGGUUUCUGGAUGGAGACUCUGCAUGAGAUAGGGUGGGGUUUCUGGAUGGAGACUCUGCAUGAGAUAGGGUGGGGUUUCUGGAUGGAGACUCUGCAUGAGAUAGGGUGGGGUUUCUGGAUGGAGACUCUGCAUGAGAUAGGGUGGGGUUUCUGGAUGGAGACUCUGCAUGAGAUAGGGUGGGGUUUCUGGAUGGAGACUCUGCAUGAGAUAGGGUGGGGUUUCUGGAUGGAGACUCUGCAUGAGAUAGGGUGGGGUUUCUGGAUGGAGACUCUGCAUGAGAUAGGGUGGGGUUUCUGGAUGGAGACUCUGCAUGAGAUAGGGUGGGGUUUCUGGAUGGAGACUCUGCAUGAGAUAGGGUGGGGUUUCUGGAUGGAGACUCUGCAUGAGAUAGGGUGGGGUUUCUGGAUGGAGACUCUGGGAGGGGUUCCUCCUGUUUUUUGUGAUCUUUGUGAAGAGGCUCUAGUUUUUUAGGGGUUGUUCUGAAAGUAAGGGAUUGAAUAUCAUGGAUAUCAUUCUGGUUUCUUUGUGCCCUCCGCCUCAGUUCUUGACACAAAGCUCCUCUGUUGCGCUGAGUCACAGGGAAGAUUGAUAGAAAACGAAUGGAUGAUAAGUCUCAAUUGUAUACUUGCAAUUGUAGUCUUAACCUGUAUUACAAUCUCAGCCCAGACGAAAUGAGGUGAGCAGCUUUUAGAGAGGUCUAGCGUCUGUCUUUGCUGCUGGAACUUGUCAAUGUUGUCAAUUUGAAAGACUAGGUUUGCUCAUUUCAAGAGAACAAGGAGACUUAAGGCUGAAUUCAAUCAAACCGGCACAGCUGAAAACCCUCUCUGCGGGAACGUAACACUAUCCUUAUUCUGAGAAAGGGCAUGUUUUAAUUGAAAAUGUAGUGAACAUUUUCUUAUUUCAGUACUGAAGAUAUCUGAACAUGCCUUUUGUUUGCUGUAGAGAAACCAUGUUAUUGUUCUGCAAAGCAGGUUUCCGCACUGCAUGCCAUACUCCAAUUAUUUUAGAUUGAAUUAAAAAAGGAAAAAUACUCUCUGAAACUAGAAUGAUAUGUUUGAUAAGAUAUCUUAUUCUACUUACUUUGUUAGUGUGGUAAAUAUUCUCUAUAUACCGUCCAUGGUUUGUUUUUGUAGUGUUUCAUUUUGUAAAUGGAUUUAUCUUCUAAAUAUUAUAUUUGUAUAGUAUAUUCUAUAUUACAUGUAUGAAAAAGAAAGCACUUUGUUCAACAAAAAAACAAACAAAAAAACAAGUAUGAAGAAAAGCAUUUUUUCCUUCCAUUUGCUGCUAAACCGACCUUGUUUGAAUGCUGCAGUGAGUACUUGACUUCUGUAACCUGACCAGGACAGUGUGUUGGGGAGGUCUUAAGAGGGCAAUCAACCUUUGAUUACAAUGCCCCUAUGUUCUGAAUGACUCUAACGUCAUGAAUUCAUUUGCCUUCAGUAGAGAUUUCCUAUGGAAAAACAAAUUCUGCUUUGGGUUUUUCUUCAGGUUGAUGUACAGUGUAGACACACUUCUUCUGGGCAUUUGCCAGAGAGUUAUAUUGUUAUCAUUUUAAAAGUAAUUUGUACUUGUAACUUGUACUUAAUGGGGAGGGGGAGACUGAGGUACUCACAACAGCCCACAUUCUUUUGUGAGUACCUCAGAAGGAAAACUAUAUCACUGUACUGUAUGGCAAGUAAUUUGCAGUGGAGAUUUAAUCCGGGAUACUUUUUGCCUUCUCAAACACCCAUCCAUUCACUUAAUUAAGAUGGCCAAUAAUGGGUUCAAUUGCAAAGUGGUUUGCUGUGGCAACCGAUCUUGGCCAAUAUUGUACUGUCUACAAUCAAGACCUUCAACCUGGUGAUAUGCUCAAAUCAACGAUGGCCUCUCCAUUGGGAUCCCUGAUGGCAAGUGAGGUUGAGCUAGGGGGAAUUAAUGUUGUGUAAGAAGCUAGUGGAACAUAGUGUUGUGAGGCUGAUUCCAGCAUCGGGUGUGUGUGUCCACGCAGGUUUUCACAUUUAACAUGAUGGGCGCAAGCUGUGCAACUUUACAUUCUAACCAGGAGACUCUGUGGCAUUUUAAGUCAAGGAAGUGGUUGACAUUCAAAGCCAGUAACUAUUCCUUCUGCUCUAUUGACAUCAAACAGAUAAUAGAUUGUGUAAUUAUGUGCUAGUCUCGUCUGAUAAUUGAAUCCAUUAUGGUCUCUUCUGCAGCGAAUCAGGGUAACUACCAUUCUUCUAAUAGAAAUAUAUGUAAUAGAAUAGUAAAUCAAAGGAAAAUAUAUUUAUGUAUUCCAAUUAAUGUUGCGAUGUUUAUUUCUGCAGUUCAAUAACUAUGUGUGCGUUUAAUGGAGAUUCAAUGUAAAACAAAAUGGUGCGAUGCUCUACAGGAUAAGAAUAGACAAAGGCCAAUGGAUUUGUAAGUAUAAAUAUUUUACCUAGAUUCGUUUUUCUUUAUACUCUAAGAAAUUUAAACGUACAAACUUUUUUUUUUUUUGUAUUAUUCAAAAGGGAAAUAAAUUAUAUUUCUAGUUUUGAUCCAACUUCUGUUUUACUGUGCUGCUGCUCAUGUAUGGGUUGGUUAUUAAUGGAUUAUAUUGAAUUAAAAAGAUGAUUAGUUCAUUAUACAUUACAUAUGCUUAACAGACCUUUUUAUACUUUUUAACAAAUGAUUAACGCUUUGAUCACAUUUGAGUUAACCUUAUGCUAUAGUCUUAGACCUUGUGGAUAGAUGUCUAAUGGUAGCAUUAACAAACCGCUGGAUCACAAUGAGAAAGAGACCGAUCUCAAUUUAUUCCAAUUCUCCCAAAUGGCUACAGUAGACUCUAGAGAGGAGGCAGCAAGUGUGUUUGUCCUCUUUUCUUUCAAUUCCUGAUAUGAUUUUGGCUUGCUUUGUAUGUAGUUGUAUGUAGUUGUUUGUAGUGUAUGUGAUGACAAUGUUCUUAAAUUGUGCACUAUGCAUGUCUUACUUGUUUUUGAGUAAGACCGCGUGUUGCUUUAGUUUUCAGCUGUCUCGUGUCUGAGCAGAGCAUUUUCAUUGUAUAAAGUCAGACUCUUAUCCUGUCUCCAUAACCCUAUGGAGGUGUUCCUAGUGGUGAUAGGCAGGGGGGGAAUGAGUGGAGCUCUGACAAUGGAGGAGCCAUACGUGUGUGUGUGUGUGUGUGUGUGUGUGUAAUGGAGAAAGACCUGUCUAAUAACUGCUAGAUGAGUAUGUUCCUUUCCAUCUUAUUUCAUGGGCUGUAUAUUGCAUAUAUAAUUGCUUCAAUGCUUAAAGGGGCGGGCACUCAGCAGUUGCUACCUUUUAUAAAUUAAUGAUACGUAUCCAUUGUUUCUUAAAGAAUAUAGCUUGUAAAAAUGCCUCAUGAAGUAAGUUCAACUGUCGUAACCCAUCGGAAGCCAAAAUAUAAGCUUUUUUUUUACUCCAAUGUUUGUAAACAAAGUAAAUGUAAACAAACACUGUAUCGCCUAAACAGUUUUAACCAUUUUUAUAUAAUGCAUGGUCAGUCCUUGCAUCCAUAGCUCUUUGAAUUUGAGAGUGCCUACUGGUGCUUAGCAAUUAACCUACGUUUUGGAUUUUUUGUUAUUAAACAACUAAUUGACCGACGUCAGUUCAAUUACUUGAAUUCCAUUUAGUUUGUUUUAUUUGGGGGGUGGCCCAACUCGUUGUUUUUCUUGAGAGAAAUCAUUCACGAGAGAAAUCAUGUCAGGAACUAUGUGGGACACUUGGCUGAAGGGAGUUGUAGUUUUUAUUAAGCAAACUUUCAACCUAGUUCAGCACAAGAAAGUGGUAAUUAACUACAAUGACCAUAAUCCAUUACGCCUGUUUUUUCCGUCUUGGACCGAGAGAGAUACAAUUUACACCUGUUAUGUUAGAUACACACAGGCCACAUGAGAGAGGAAUGUACACAACACGACUACGAGAGAGAUGGAGACAGUUCGUGAAAGUAUUGCCUUAUCUACUUUGAAAAACAAGCAUAGUUAUUUCAUCAGACAGCUCGGCAGCACGCUUAGGCAGGCUAGCCUAGCUUAAAAAAAAGGACGACUAGACAGUAUGGGAAGCACAGGGAAUGUUGUCUGGCUGCUACUGCCUGAGCAGAGAAUAGGACUUUAAACAAUGAAAAAAUAAUGAAGUUCUCAAAUAAAAAAUACGUCAUUUGCACAUCUGAAAUGUUUGAUUUCAUAGUCAUUUUCUUUUGAUGUCAUACCUAAUGUGGACUUGAUGGAGACAAUGGAAUAUUUUCUUUUUUUUUUGCAAUUGAAUGUUCACAAUUUUUGGCUUUGGAAUUUCCAUUAAAAAGCUCUAAAAUAUUGUCAUUAUUUCAUAAUGCAUUUAAUGUUUAAAAUAAAUAUUUUAAAUCAAAAAAACGUUUUGUUAAUAAUCAAACUGAACUGACCUCAAAAAAUCACUAAUCGCGUAGCGCUAGUGUUACCAUUAUUACAUCCACAGUUUUUUUCCCGAAACAGUGGGGGGGGACGAUUUGCUAUUGUUUCAACUGCUGAUUGCCGGUUUUAAGCAUUGCAGAAGCAUUUCAAACGUAUUUCUUUUCGUAUUAUAACUUGCUCAACCCCCUAUAUUGGUUGUGGAACUGCUCAUACUCAAAGGUUAUAUGCUCAGUGCACUAUAACCUUUUAUGUAUUAUAUUGUUGGAUAAUUAAAUGCAGAGAAUAUGCGUAGGGAAUGACCAUUGUGCAUGAAAAUCUCACUCAUCUGAUAGGUUUGUUACUGGGUCAAAAUGUACUGAGUAAAUGGGUGCAUCUUCACCCUGAGUUCAAGGAUUUUCUAGGUGUCAAGGACUAUGUCCACGUGGCAACAAGCAUAGAGCGAUUUGGUUUUGGAUGUUGAACAUAUUCAGAUCAAACUAUUUUCCAUUGCUUACCCACUGUUUUUAUGAAAACAAAAUCGUACAAACAAAAGCAUACCCACGACUCACUUGGUUUUACAAAAUGUCAAACAUUAAUUUUAAUACAAUGCCUGCUAAACCAGGUGCCUUAAAAAAAAAAUGAAUCCAAACGUGAUCUACUCCCUUCAAAGUCUUGCUGUUUUGUAUUGGAUACAAGAUUUGCUAUCUUUCUGCCCACUAUGCCAAGAAUUCUGACAUUUUACUCUGUCUGGUGUUUUAACAGGGAUCUCAUGUACAGAUGAAAAUUGAUGCUGCUUUGCCUCAGACAGUUUUCUCAUCAGUGGAAUGUAGUCUUCCUUCAAAGGAUUCAAUUCAAUAUAAGGAUAUGUUCAUACUCCAGAUGUCCAGUGUAACAUUGGGUGAGAGAGACUAUCCAAAGUGUGCUGCAAUCAUGAUUCAGAGGAAUUUGAACUUGUUUGUAUGGUUGUCCUUAUUUCUGUAAACUUUUUUUAAAAUUUAUUUUGUAUUUGUGCUCAAAAUCAGUCAAUUGUUGCACACGUUUUGAAUUUAAAUAUUUUUUUGCCUUUUCUACUUAGACCUUAUCUACUUGCCAUACCAUUUAUUUUAUAUUUCAUUUGAAAUAUUUCCUCUGGCUUACCUAUAGAAAUUAUUUUAGAUAUUCAUACCGCAGCGAGCUAUAUGUUCUUGCUGAAUUACAUUUAUCAGACCCAGAGCAUUCACCAAUGGUGAUUGAUUUAGUUGAGUUUUUUAUAGAACCGGUAGAUCUGCUUUGCAAAAACUGUCCUAACCUAUUGUGUCCCCUCAAAAAUGAUCAAGAUAAUUGUGCCUCUUUGGUCCUCAUUUUCUACUGUUCCACAAACGGUUGUGUUUCACUUUACCAGUGUCACAUGUACAAGCAGAUGGCCUUUAGCAGCCUUUCUUCAAUGAACAAACAAGGUUUGAAACAGUAACUCUUAAUGACACAUGUUGAGGUUUGCAUUGUUCAACAUAGAUCUGUUUAACCAUGGAGUUCCAGGAAACAAACCUCGGAUGUCUCUAGUAAUUACGCAGGGGCAGGCGGUGUUUUAAACGUGGCAAAGCCUGUAUAACGCUUAAAGCAAUGGUGAUGGUGAAGUGGUGGGCAUCUGCACAAAUCCAGGUUCCUUGAUUUCGCCAGUUUGCUCAAGUGCCACCACACAGUUCUUCAUAACUUAAGAUUGAAGGGGGCACUAAUUGGAGAGUGAGUUUAAAACAAAACAAUGCAAACAGCUGAUCGGAGGCACCAUUCACCAGCCAUGGUGCUGAAUCUCAAAGACGUACUUGAACUUCCAAGAGCUGCCACUCGGGCCCUGUUGCUGUGUUGCAACACCCCUCAGGCAGCGUUCCAACUCUUGACCAGUUCCCAGUGAACUUUGGACAGUGACUGACUUCUUUUUAAGACCUGCUGUAGCUACUGCAGUGUCGGUGUCAGUAAGGCCUUGUCCUCAGUAAUGGUGGUUGACGACCGUGUUUUUAAAAAUGUAAUUGAAGUGGAUUGGCUGGUAGCUUUGAUAGGAUUUAUAUUUUUUUGCUUCAGGAAAAGGCAUAGAGAUCGGUAAGGGUCACUAGGGCUGCUGGGCAGAGAUCUCUCAUCCCUUCACUGAAGUGUUGGAAUAUGUGUUCCUGCAUAGUACACAUGCAGACCAAUUCAAUGAUUACCAAUGACAUUGAGAAAACAGAUAUAACCCUCUUUCAAAGCACCAUAAACACAUCAUAUUCACACUGCAAUGAUUUACAUUUUCCUUCCAAACUUGCCAAAUUAUUUUUUGGGGAAAUCCAUACAACUCCCAAUGAGGACAAUUUUUUUUUUAAAGAUAUCUCACCCAUUCUUAAAACUACACAAUUCAUGCCCUUGAUGUAAUGCUUCUGAUGUUGUAUGGUAUUUCAAUAGAUAAUGUAGCAUGGGAACUUUAAGUAGUUAGUACUGUGUCUGUACUCCCCAAGUGAAAAAUAUUUGUCACAGUAGGAAGGCUGUAUUUCAUUGCUAAGUGCUCUGUAAUAAAUCUCUUGGGUGAUACUCAUAAACAAAUCUGUAUCCUGCUGAAACUAACAGUGACUUGAUCCUAUUAGAAAUGUCUAUAUUUGUAGUUCACAUGUAUGCCUGUUCAAAUUCAAUAAUAUCUUGACAGUUCUAUUUGUUUAAAUGUUGUGCUGGGUUUAUACUUUUGUCGUUUGAUCUCUUUCUCUUAUUUUUGUUUCCAUUUUUUUUUGGAGGCACAAUUAGUUGGAGAACAGAUAAUGAUCCUUGUAAAUGUACAGAUGUGAUGUAGGUUGGGUUCAGUUAUGAUUGAUUGGAAAAAUGUGUCUGCUUGUGUAAUUGUGCCUCCUUCAUUUUAGUUUCGUUUUUUUUUUAUCAUACUUUUUCUCACAGAAUUGUAUCAGCCAGGAGUUGGUACCACAGUUGUGGCUAGGUGGAGUACAGCUAUGGACUGAAGUGACUUUACGUAGCAGGUUAGGAGAAUUAAUGUAGCAGGUUAAGGUUAGGAAAAGGGUAAGGGUUAGCAAAAAUGCUACAGCUGACCCCGAUGCGACUCGAACAUGCAACUUUUGGUCCGUAGCUGUAAUCCAAUCUAGCCGCAACCCAAUUUUGCUUGUAACCAUGAUUCUAUUGUCCAAUUCUAUUGUUGAUUUUAAUAUCAAAAUAAAAACCUUUGAAAACCA